CUCUCCCGUCAUCAAACUGGCUAGUUUUGCUUCUGGCUAUCAACCAAAUUUUUACUGGUUUCCCCGCAUGCUGCAGUGACAACACAUCAUACACCAGCAAUUAUCCACAGUAUUGUGGCAGCCAAAGAAGACCUGUUGUUGGAUUCAUUCCAGAGAGGUAUUUUGUUUCAAAUAUAGACUAGGAUUUUGGCAGCUGACGGGAACGGGCAUUUGAGCACGUUUAUCACUGUGGCGUCACCGAAGAGGCGGCAUAUAUUCAACUAUAUAACAGCCCUCGUGUCGCGCUUGCAUGCACAAGCUCUGUUAGUGCAACGCCUGCAGCGAUUGGAUGUUUACUACUGGUGGAGUCGACUGAGCGAGCCUUCUGAGUCAGCGGCGAUGAAUACUGUGUCAGCGACUGAGCUGCACGGGGAGGCGGCUCGAGGGAAACCAGCAGCGCCCCCCGCAUCAGCUGCUGCAGUUCCGCCCCGAGUCAGCAACACCGGCGGCAACAGUGCACACGGCUACGCGCAGGUGAACCUGCGACCGAGGCGGCCGAGCCUGCGGUUCAAGAAAUCGUUCCGGACCCGACGGAGGAUGGCCGACCGGCAGUGCAGCGAGCUGGCUCUGGAGGGGGAGCGACUGUGCAAGGAGGGGUUGUGGGAGGCGGGGAUCGAGCGCCUGGAGGAGGCCACCAGGACGGGAUCCAGCGACCUCAAGACCCUCAGUGCACUGUACAGCCAGCUGGGCAACGCCUACUACUAUCUGGAGGAUUUCAGCAAAGCCAUCGAGUAUCACCGUCAGGACCUCACCAUUGCACGGCAGAUGGGGGACAAGCUGGGGGAGGCUAAGGCCUGCGGGAACAUAGGGAGUGCGCUCAAAGCUAUGGGUCAGUUCGAUGAGGCCAUAGCAUGUUGCAGAAUGCAGCUCGACCUGGCCAGAGAGCUUGGAGACAGGGUGCUGGAGAGCAGGGCGCUGUACAACUUGGGCAAUGGCUAUCACUCAAAGGGAAAGCAGGUGUCUCUGGCUGCGGCGAUCGAGGAGGCCGGAGUGAGUCAGGACGAGGUCGAGGAACAAGUCAGGGAGGCUCUGGAGCAGGCAACUCGACACUACGAAGCUAACCUAAAGCUGGUGAGGGAGAGAAACGACUACGCAGCAAUGGGACGGACAGUCGGUAACCUUGGCAACACCUACUAUCUCCUUGGCAACUACAAGAAAGCCAUCAAGUACCACGAAGAGCGACUAAGUAUAGCUGCCAGUCUCAAUGACUACGGAGCGAAGAGAAGAGCCCUCAGCAACCUGGGAAAUGCCUACGUCUUCCUCGGGAAAUACAGUCACGCAGAGCAGUGCUAUCUGACAGCGAUGGCGGUGGCAAGGGAGAUAAAUGACGUGGCGUUUGUAGCUCAGUCCUGCUACAGUCUCGGGAACACCUGCACUCUCAUGAGGCACUACAGCAAGGCCAUCGAGUAUCACACCAUUCAUCUACAGUAUGCACAGCAACUGGAGGACAGGGUGGGUGAGGAGAGGGCUUACUGGAGUCUGGGCAAUGCCUACACUUGUCUCGGAGAGCAUCGCCAGGCCAGACACUACGCAGAGCGACAUCUCACGCUGGCCACUGAGCUGGGCAACGUGGAGGGUGCGGCCAUUGCUCAGAAGAACCUCAGAGAUCUCGACAACGCUCUCGAUCUGAGCAACAAGUAUGAGUGUAGCUAUACCAAGGGAGGUGGCUCGGUAAAUUCACCAGCUCCUUCUGUCAGCCUCAGACAGAAACUGAGAGAAAAGGUGACUUUUCGGCUCGAAUUCAACUUUGGAGGAAAGUCCCUCCAGUCUCCAGAUAAUCGCUCCAGCAGAUCUGAUUCCACUGGAUCUCCUGACAGCUCCAUCAGUCUUGGGCACGUCUCGCUGCACGAAGUCUCUCCCACCAUCAAAGAGGACGAUGCCGCAAAGACGGACGGUUUCUUUGACAUGAUCUGCAAGUACCAAAGCCAGCGACUCGACGAACAGCGAGCGGUUCUCCCCUCCUGCCCCCCGCACCCCCUCAGACCCUCCCUCCCGCCCGUCGUCCCGGCUAAGAAGAGCUCCGAAGACGACCAGCUCCUCGAGAUGCUGUUCAAGUUGCAGCACUCGCGUCUCAACGAGCAGCGAUGCGAGAUGCCCUCUGCGCCCCACCUCGUGUCCGGAGCAAAACGUCGCGGAUCUCAGCAGGGACAGCAGCGAUCACACGACGAAGACGAUGAUGAGAGUGACGACGUAUCGUCGUCCGAGGAGGAAGAGGAGGAUGAGGAGGAAAGGAGAGAUCAACUUGGCGAACUGCAACCAUCACAGAACCAUGUCCUGCCUCCUCCACCCCUGCCCGUUGCGGCUCCUGGGGGCUUGGCCAGUCGCAGACGGAGCACAAUGCCAAGCGAAGAUUUCUUCAACCUCAUCCAGCAUCUCCAGUCCACCAGGAUAGAGGACCAGCGCAGCCCACUCCCUGUCCUCGCCAAUUAACCCUGCCACUUAUUCACAACUCAGCAAAGAUUUCUUGUUUGGUUCAUAGCUGCAUCAACGUCAAGUCUGGACUGACUGUUGUUGGUAGCCCCAGACCGUAACACACAACUCAACUCAAGCACACUACAGGAAAUAGAGAAUUUUGUUUGAAAUCAUCAGUUUUUACCCCAUAACAUGUUAAUGAUUCACUUAUCUGCACUGCUUUUCAUGUGUUUGAAGAUUAUUGAAAUUGAAGCAGCGCGACGAUUGUUCGCAAGCGCAUACUAGAGCCAUACAAGCCAAUGUAACAUG